CACAUUUAUAUUUGAUACUAAAAACCUUUAUAUAAAUGGAUAUUAAAUGUAUAUAUAGAUAAUUUUACGUUUUACGUGUUUUGUAAAAUAUAUAAAUAUUUUUUAUAAUGACAGAAAAUUGUUUGUGCAAGGACUAGUUAUGUGUUUGUUAUAAUUGUCAAAUACAAUUUUUUAUUUUGUGUUCAAGUGUGGAAAAGGACUCCGAAAAAAAGGACGAUAUCGUUUACAAGACUUUAAUACCCUUAUCUCCCCAGCACGAUGUUCAGUCCCGAAUACGAAAAGCGCCUCCUACGCCAAUGCUCGCCCCAAUCGCACGUGGCGCGCGCCCUUUUUCAGGUGCCCUCAGUGCCCUCAGCCACAAAUUCUUCUACGAUAAUACCGAAUCAUCAAACACAAACGUCGGGGAUGAACCCUACGACACUGUUGGCACUGAAAAGGGCAUCUCCUAGAAAAGGGGGCUUCGACAGAUUUAUCCCCCAAAGGGCGCCGGAGGCCUGGCGGAGGGGCGCCCUUGCCGCUUCUUUGGCAGGCUCUGGAGCAGGAAGGGGCAAUGAAAACCAGCAACCUGGUACUGCAAAUGGGGGUAAUGGAGGGGCUAAGAAGAUAAGGGACUGUGAUGGAAGCAGAGACGGCCUGGCCUACGGCUGCCUGCUGCGCAACGAACUCUUAGACGCCGACAUCGACGACGUCCGAAUGUCGUACGACGGCUGCGACGACAGGACGACGUCGUCGGCGGCGCAGAACAACGCCAACAAUAUCGGAGCAGCGAACGGAGCAGGAGGGCCCAACGGGAUAGGAGGAGCGCCCUGCGGGCCGCCGCUGUUCCGGUAUCGGUCGCCGCAGAAACAGGUAGGAUAA